AACUAAGAAAAUCUGAAAAAUACAUCUUUUUUUCAUUACCACCAAAUAUUUUUGCAAAACCAGACCCUAUUCAAGCUCACUCUAAUGGCAGGAACCCAUUAAACCCAGAAAUUCUGUAAUUCUUUUUACCCAAAAUAACAAAAGAAAUGCCAAUUUUGAAUUUAUCAUCUUUAGGAGUAGGUUCAUUAACAAAUAUUUGCUUUCACUCACAAACUUCAGCCAAUGAUAAUAUCAUAUCUUAUGUUUCAUAUAAUUACAUCCCAUUUAAUAAUAAUAAUCUCUUAAAUUAUCAUAGAAAAUCUGUAAUUAGCAGAUACCCACUUCAUGCUGCUCCAGUAAAUUCUCAAAUUGAUGAAAAUUUGGAUGGUUCAACCCUGUCUCUUGAACCCCCUCGUUCAAUUCGGAGGCCUGCUGAUUGGGAGGCAGCUAAGAAGUAUAAAGAAACAGGAUCCAUCUACGAGGGAAGAGUUGAAGGAUUCAAUAACGGUGGCUUGCUAGUUCGUUUCCAGUCACUUGUCGGUUUUCUUCCUUUCCCACAGUUGAGCCCGUCAUAUUCUUGUGAAGAACCAAAGAAGACGAUUCAACAGAUUGCAAGAGGACUUAUUGGGUCUGUCAUUAACAUGAAGGUAAUUGAGGUGGAUGAAGCGAGUAAGAAAUUGAUUUUCUCUGAGAAGGAGGCCACUUGGUCAAAAUACUCUGAGAAAAUCAAAGAAGGGGAUAUCUUUGAGGCAAGAGUCGGUGUGGUUGAGGACUACGGAGCCUUUCUUCAUCUGCGCUUCCCUGAUGGAAAAUACCAUCUUACUGGUUUAGUACAUGUUUCGGAGGUUUCAUGGGAUUAUGUUCAAGACGUCAGAGAUGUUUUAAGAGUGGGUGAUUUUUCAAGAGCUAAAGUUGUUAACAUAGACAGGAAGAAAUCAAGGAUUACAUUGUCAAUCAGACAACUGGAGGAAGAUCCAUUGCUCGAGACAUUGGACAAAGUAAUUCCUCAGGAUGGUGCAACAAGUCCUGGCUCAAAUACAAGUGAUAGCUCUGAUAUUCAGCCACUUCCAGGGCUUGAGGAAAUAUUUGAGGAGUUAUUAAAGGAAGAGGGUAUAAGUGAAGUUGGAAUCAGACGGCAGGGGUUUGAGAAGCGGGUUGUCUCACAAGAUCUCCAGCUUUGGCUUUCUAAUGCACCAGCAACGGACAACCACUACACUCUACUUGCUCGUGCUGGAAGACAGGUUCAAGAAAUACAGAUGACUACAUCUCUUGACCAGGAAGGGAUAAAAAAAGCAUUACAGCGGGUUCUUGAGCGUGUCCCAUGAUUCCGAAUAUAUAUCAACAAUUUCAAUGCUAUAUUUCUGCCAGUGUACAGUACAGAUAUGAGCAACAAAUGUAAUAGUUUGUGCAACCCAUAGAUCCUUCCCAUAUAUAGUGCUUACUUCAAUGUCUUCAUUCAUCUUAGAUGGUUAAUUGGUAUAGAUGAUGUGCUACUUGUGCAAUGGCAUACCGCAAAAUGAAGGGAAAACGAGAAAUUAUAAUUCAUACUAUAACAGCAACAUGUUUUUGUGUCC